AUGAAACUAAUUCAACCACGUUUUAAUGGAACUGAUAUGGCUAUCACAGAUAGUACUUGUAACCUGUUUAAUCUAUCAUCAUCAAUGUCAAUUGCCGACACUACUUUCCCGUCGACAAUUUCAGCCAUAAACUGUCGAUUUCAACAAUUUUACGAGACAUUGACAACUCCAUUAAACGACGAGUUAAAUCGUUUAAGUACUGAAUCGUUACAUCACCAAAAUUUAAUACAAGAAUGCCAAACGGAAAUAAGUUUAGUUAAAUCAUCAAUAGCCGAGAUAGACUCAUAUAUUGCGGGCAUUAGCUCGAAUAAGGAAAUAUUACUACAAGAAUUAGCAAGCUUAAAACAAAAGAUGGAAGAUUUACAAUCUAUCAGCUAUGAUGGAACUCUUACAUGGAAAAUUACUAAUGUUUUAGAGAAAAUGGCUGAUGCUCAAUCGGAACGACAAACAUCGAUUUAUUCACCGGCAUUCUACUCGUCUCCAACUGGGUACAAAAUGCGUCUUCGCCUUUAUUUACACGGAGAUGGGAAUGCUCGUAGAACAUAUAUGUCACUCUUUCUUGUUAUUAUGCGUGGUUCAUUCGAUGCGAUUGUGAAAUGGCCUUUUAGUUUUGAAGUGACAUUUUGUCUCUACGAUCAAUCUGGACAACAACGACACAUUAUUGAUUCGUUCAGACCAGAUACAAACUCAAAUAGUUUUCAACGACCUAGAAGCGAAAUGAAUAUUGCCUCGGGAAUACCGAAAUUUUUUCCAUUAUCGAUGAUCAUAAGAGAUGAUAAUCACUAUAUCAAAAAUGAUACUAUGUUCAUUAAAUGUUUAAUUGAUUUUAGUGAUAUAUCGAAGAUAAUUCUUCCGUAUGUGCUCAGUUUAAAUCCUGCAUUACCUCAUCAUGUUCAACGUAAUAUGAUACGAGUAGAAACUGAACGACGAGUACAACUUCAACAACAGUCCACAUCACCGAGCGGCUUCAGCAGCAGUCAGAUCACGGAGAAUGCAACUGUAUAUUACUCGUGUUAUGAACAAAAUGUGUUACGAACUGCUCGGCAGGCAGUGAAUGGUGAGCCAAAUCAGCGGAGUGAAGAUCUGAACUUUGAACGUACUUUAUGUAUACCAAAUGCACAAUCUUCUGAUGAGAAUUUUGCCAACGAUGCGAUAACGUAA